AUGGAAAUACCAAACUAUGAUACCAAUGACAAUCCAGAUAAAAAAUAUAAACAGCUGUAUCCUUACAUGCCAUCAGACACAUUCCGGAUGUUAAUCUGUGGAAACAGUGGAAGUGGUAAAACUAAUCUGUUGUACCACAUGUUAAUUAAACCACUAUUGUACUAUGAUGAGAUUUAUCUUUACGCGCGUAAUCUAGAACAGGAUAAGUAUCAAAAGCUAAUUAAAAAAAUGAGGGAGUUGAGUAGUAAACUGGGAUAUGAAAUACGUCAUGUAAGUAAUGAUGAAAUAACCCCAGUAACAGAAAUGGAUUACGAAGACAAUCAAAAACUUGUGAUAUUCGAUGACUAUGUUUGUGAUAAAAACCAAAGACAACUGAUUGAUUAUUUCAUUCAAGGACGACAUAAGAAUUGUUCGGUGGUGUACCUCAGUCAAUCAUUUUAUAAAACACCAAAGGACAUUCGGCUGAAUUGUUCUCAUUACUGUUUAUAUGAAUUUCCAUCAUCUAGGGAAUCCAACAGAAUAUCAUCUGAGUUAGGAGUUAAUAAAGAGGUUUAUAAAGCAGCAACUAAAAAACCGUAUUCAUUUUUAUACGUUAAUAAACCACAAAAACGUAUUGCAAAAAACUUUACUGGUAAUCUAACCAAUAAUUAAAAUGGGAAUAUUUAACGAACAAUCUCUUGAUCAUCCCUUUGCUAGGGGAAUUCAGGGUGCUCCAGGAGUUGGAUUUAAUCUCACUUCAAGUGGAGAUUAUGAUUUCUCAAACUCAUUAAUAAUUCAUUAAGAAAAUACAAAGGAAAUUAAUGUUUAAUGAGUGUUUGGAAAUCGGAUGAAACACUGCUUAGUAUUUGCAUCCUUAAUUUCUCCUUCAAAAAUGAUUUUGUUUGAGAAGAAAUAUCAAACAUUCGACACAGUGUUUCAUCACCAGAUGAAACACCUCGAAGUUCGUCAAAAAUACUCCGCUGCGCGUCGUAUUUUCAACUCUCUUCUCGGUGUUUCAUCUGGUGAUGAAACACUGCAUCUCAUGUUUGAUAUAUUACAUGAUAAAUAAAAAACUAAGAAAUGUUGGUGCACCUAGUGUUAAUACUGAUGCUGCUACAAAAAAGUAUGUUGAUGAUAAUUCCGGUGGAUCACCCGCAACAUCACGACUAACAGUUGAUUCAGACAUUGAUAUGAAUCAUAGAUACCGUAUAUUAAAACUCAAACAUCCAGUUGACGCAGAUGAACCAGCCACAAAACAAUACUCAGACAGUCGUUUUCUUGACAGAGAUGGUUCUCGUACAAUGAUUGGAGAUCUGAGCAUGAAUAACAAUCGCAUUGUUAAUGUUAAAACACCAUGAACACAAAGUGACGCUGCAACUAAGAAACAUAUAGACGACUCUAAAGUUGAUGGUAGUGUCUUUUUAAAACUAGAUAAAACAAGAAAAAUGACUGGGGAUCUAGAUAUGGACAACAAUCAAAUAUUAAAUUUGCCAGCUCCAGUGGGUCCCAAACAACCAACACCAUUAGGUUUCACAGAUUUGAAGUAUCUCCACGUUGCUGGAACAAAUAAAAUGACUAAUAAUCUAAACAUGGAUAAUAAAAAAAUAAUUAACUUAAGAAUACCAACAAAUGAUGCAGACGCCGCAACUAAAAAAUAUGUGGAUGAUAACACAGCUGCCCCAGAUUUAAGUGAUUACUUGGAAAAAGAUGGUACCGUCACUAUGACUGGAGACCUUAAUCUCGGUAAUAAUAAAAUAGUUGGUCUCGCAACUCCAGUGUCAAACACAGAUGCUGCAACCAAAAAGUAUGUUGAUGAUAAUGCUGGAAGUCCAGAUUUAAGUGAUUAUUUGAAAAAA